AUGGAGGUGGUGGCCACAGGAGGUGACAAAGGAGUCGGGCCGGCACAGAGGAGGCAGCAGUAGUUGCAGGGCGAAGCAUUUUCAAUUUUGCCUGAAGCAGCAAGAUGUCCUGGACUGGCCCUGACAAUUAUAGUGAAUUUCAUGAGGUAUUUAGCCUAGAACUGAAAGUUUUGUUUUCUGGCUGGGGCAUUCUCGUUGUGUUGAAGUAAAUUCAACAUCCAAUUUGUUGUGCUGAACUUGGUCAAAAUUUCAGAUAUUUUUAGGUAGGAAGCCUGGAAGGCUCAAGUUUGAGCAACAUGCAAAACUACCAGCUCUUUAUAGUAUACAAGACACUAUUAGCUAUAUUGACAAGGGGAAGCUGUGUUGCACAACUUCUUUCACUAUGAUACUGGCAUUUUAGAAAAGGAGUGUUAAAAGCACUUGCUCCUUCCCUUAACAUCAUACAGGGCUUUUCUUCAUGGGUCCAACUGAAAUUUUGCAUAGAUUUUUAUUUUUAUGUUCUGCAUCUCUGGGUAUGUGACAGGUUUACAAUAUAUUUGGCUAGUUAAUUCGGUUCAAUGUGGGCUUGUCAACUUUCCUCAUAUCUCUGUUUUCUGGCUAUAUAAAUCUCACUGGAUUGUUCUGUUGCAGCUGCAGCUUAUACUUGUCUAUAUUUAGAGGUUUGUCUAUUUCAGAGUUUCAAGACCAGCCAGUCUUCUCUAUACGUAUGACAGAGAGAGGGGGGAGAGAGAGACAAGGCCCACCAACUUCCCUUGGUCACUCUUCCCACCCUUAAUUUCUAAACACAGUGCCCUCAGGUCUGUAGGCCUCAUUUUGUAAACUGUUCUUUCUCAGUGCUGCAGACCUUGUCAUUUAAACUUGUGGUGGGGAGGCCAUCUUUCCCAGUUCCCAUCAUUUUUGAGCACUGACUGUGUUUGCUGGGGUUGAUGGGAGCUGGACUAAAGAACCUCCCCUCAGGGAUAUAGGCCUCAUUUGCUAAAUGUGCUUCUUUAGGGCCAUAGGCAUAGGAGGCCCAGCAUGGAUAGCCCUUCUAUACCUCUUGGGGAUAUUCAGCUUUUGUUUUCAUAAAGUGCUUUCAUUUGUAAGCGAUACAAAUAACACAAUGUGGUCAAUACUCAGUCCAGUUGUUUACUAGCAUUAGUGAGAAGUACUAGGCCCUUGUUUGUAAAGUUUUCCAAAAUUAUAUAAUGCAAUUAAGUAACUUUAAAUGCAUGACUGCCCCGAGAUGAAAUUUAGAAUCCUUUUAAAUAUAAAAUCCUUUCAAAACAGCCAAAAUAAAAAGGGUUGCAGCCAAACAAGGCAUUCUUGAAUUGGACCCAAUGAAAUCAAUGGGCUUCACUAACUUAAAUCCACUGUUUUCAAUGCAGUACGAUUAGGUAGAUACAACCCUAAUGUAAAUUAUGCCAGUCUGCUCAAUUUAUAAAACUUGCUUCAGCCCUAGAAUAUGAUUUUUUUAAAGUGCAGAAUUAUUUUAAAACAACAACACUUAUGUAUAAAAGAUCAUGGAACUUGCCUCUUAUGGUUUUUUUCUGUGCUCCAGCAACCUGUAUGUGUAUUUAAGGCCUAUCUGGACACAAAAGUUGUUGAGCUUUAUAUAUAUAUAUACAGAGAGAGAGAGAGAGAGAGGAUCCCGGGUAUGUCCCUGGACAACCCUACCCUAUGGUUGAAAAUGGAAGUCAAAGAAUUGAGCACAAUCUGUUAAAAAGUCAACAGUGAACAAAUCUCAAAUAAACUCUGACUAAACAUCAAUAAGAGCUUUCUGACAAUAAGAGCUGUUCUCCAGCGGAAUGGACUACUUUGGAAGGUGGUGGGUUCUCCUUCAUUGGAGGUUUUUAAGCAGAUGUUGGGUGGUCAUCUGUCAUGAAUACUUUAGUUGAGAUUUGCAUUGCAGGGUGUGACUCAGUAGAAAAUUCUACAUAGUUCAUUACAGAAUGAGUGGAAAUUGCAUAAGAGAAGGAGGUGGAAAUUGCAUCUUCAUAGUGCCUUAUGCCCUAAUUAUAGAAAGUCAUAAUACAGAGCAGUAUUUUAGACGGUCUGGUAGAACGCUGAUACAAAAAAUGCCAACAUGUAAGCUCUUUUCAUUUCAGUGCAACUGACUUCCAAACAAGGAUGUAUGAGGCCUCGGCAAAGUCUCUCAUGUAGGUAAUUUUCAAACAGGAAGUUGACAAAGCAGGAUCAUUAACAGCGGCACAUUAAGCUUGCCAGAAGUGCAACACCAAAAACCUAAUGUUAUACGCAAAGUAAACUAGAUGCAGUAGUUAGAGCUGUAAUUCAAGAGCUAAUUAGAUGGCAAAAGGCAGCAGAACCAAGCAUCUGCCUCCAACAUGCCCAAGUAAAUUUCUGCAAGACUUUUUAUUUUCUACAGAAAACAGAGGAAAAGGAAGUUGGUUCAGACUCCAGCUAGUUUAAUUCCUCCUCGUAUUUCCUCUUCAACUGCUUUGCUGAUCUUCUGAAAGUCUGCUUGUCUACUUGAAGUAACUUUAAGUAAUUUUCAUGCUAGAGCAUUUGCCUGUUAUACUCUUCAGUUUCUUCCUAUAUAUGAAACUGCAUGUAUGACUUGCUGUGGGGGUGCUUAACUCCCAUUAACAGGAAGUGGUUACAUCGUGCUUUCCUCUUUGCUUUCUUUCUGUUGCUUCAGGGGAAGAGAGAUUUGUGUAGCUUUCAGAUACGUAACUGCUUCAUGUUUUCCAUUUGCUUUUUAGAAGCUACUGGUGGAUGUUGGUACAGUGGAUAAGAACGUCAUGUGUAGCAAACUGUAGGUAAGGAAACUUCAUUUAUUUCUGAAGUCUUACAUACAACCUGUUGCUAGAUGUUGCUAGAUGUGCAUGAUAAAAUAAGCACAGUACAUGGAUGGGGAGAGAACAGAUUGCUUUGCAUUGUUAUGUUAAAUGUAGUAGAAAAUACACCAACAACUUAUUCAAUGGAGCCUCCAACAUAGAUAUAUAAUGUGAGAAAGGGUCCAGAUACUGGCAUCUUUAUUUGCACUGGGAGCACAAACAAUAAUAACUUUUAUAUUUUCAAGGGCUUAACUGGUUUUGUCAAAAAGUGUAUGCCAGCUUUGGCGUGUCACUUCUUACAGAAAUCUGGUCAGCAAAUGGUUUUGAUUGAGAAAGGUAUGGUGAGUAUAGGGACAGUGAAAUAAUGAAGAAAUUAAAAGAUGUUACGGCAUGAUGAUAAAGCCACAUUAGCAAAUUUUGGUAAGAAGUCCCACUGCUGAAGUAUAGCAGCAAUAGUAAUAAACAGUGGGAAUGCUAGUAAAAAUAGUAUCCUGUGGGCAUUUCAUUAAGAAUGAAAAACGUGCUCAGCUACAGUAUCGCGUGUGCACUAAAAAUCAGUGGUGGAGCCAUAUCAGCAGUAAUGAAAGUUAGGAGAUUUCUCCAAACGCUAAUGCAAAAAAUGUCCAACAGAGGCAGAGAGAGCACAAACCAGCUCUGCUCUACAAUGCUUAUGGAGAGACAGAGAGGAAACUGCUGCCUUCUGCAUCAUUAACUGGAACCCCAGAGUUACAAAUUCUUGAGCAAUGGAUAGUUGUUGUUUUUCUGAAAAGUUUGUAUCUCUGGAAGUUCUCCUUUCCAGAUGUCUUUCUGCCAUUUCCCUUACCUCCCCACACCCUCAGAGGGGAGGCAGCCACCCCUCUAUCUUCUCCUCAGCUUUCUCCAGAGCCACCCCCCAUAUCGAGCCCUAAUAUCUUACUGAAAAGACUUUCCCCUGUAGUUCCUCAGUAAUUUGGUAGUGACAGUAGCUUCCUGCAAUGAAGAUUAGGUGGCUUUUGCUUGACUGCAGAGUAUAUGCACAGUGAAAGUCAAAUUCUAAAGUUACAUCUUAAAACGUACAGAUGAGUCUUACAAGUCACACCAGUCUCCCUUUACCCUGUUCUUCAAAUCCUUACACAAGAAACUGCCUUUUACUAGGCCAUACUAUCAGUCCAUCUAGCACAUUACUGUCUACAUUAUAUUGCAGCAGCUCUCCUGGGCCUGAGCUCUUUCACUUCACUUGCUACCUGAUCACUCCCUGCUCCCCUUGCCAUUCUUAGUGGAAUAGCAGGUAUGCAUUCCACCCCUUCACCAUUCUCAAAACAGAAAGUGUGAUGCAGGACUUAUAUGUAUGAAGACAAGAUAAAGUCACACAGUACUUCCCCUUUAAAGGAGCUGAGGGAGAGAUCAAUAUAACUUGGGUUUCCACAUCUGAGUCUAAAUUUGCUGGAUCCCCUCACAUGUGUGUAGGUUACAAAAGGAGAUGGUCUAUGAAUCCUUUCUUCACAAACUCAGAACCUAAGGUGUACUGCUAGCUUAGUAAAGGUAAAGGUACCCCUGCCCGUUCGGGCCAGUCUUGCCAGACUCUAGGGUUGUGCGCUCAUCUCACUCUAUAGGCCGGGAGCCAGUGCUGUCCGCAGACACUUCCGGGUCACGUGGCCAGCGUGACAAGCUGCAUCUGGCGAGCCAGCGCAGCACACGGAACGCCAUUUACCUUCCCACUGGUAAGCGGUCCCUAUUUAUCUACUUGCACCCGGGGGUGCUUUCGAACUGCUAGGUUGGCAGGCGCUAGCUUAGUAAGUGUAUAUAAAUAGAGCCUCUGAAAAUAUGUGCAAAUUUCCCAUGAGAAUUACAAUAGAAACCACAGCCUCUGCAAAGAGGAUCGUACCAAGUGAGAUAACAGAAGCAGACCUUCCUUCUAUGCUUCAGCAAUAUUCUUUGCAUAUUUAUUGUACCUACACACUCCUUCCAGCACUGAGUUUAUCUUUAGAAAGUUUUUUAAAGAUAAAAACUCAUGACAGCUGUAUGCCCCAUCAUGCUUUGAGUGGGCAACAAAACAAAGAAGAAAAUGAAUGUGAAUAUUGAUAGAUUUAUAAAAUCACUUUAGCUAGUAGAACACUGGUCAGCAACUAGGGGGGCCACUUUGAGGAUCAGAUUAUAGGUGGUGGACACGGUCUUACGGCCCAUUGCCAAUCCAUAUACUUGUGUGGGUGUUUCCAUCACCCAAGUUUAGCCCCCAAUUUAUCCAAGUCAAUGGACCUCAGGUACUGAAAAUGGGAAAGGCCUUUGCCUGAGAUCUUUGUAAGGUGUUUCCAGUCAGAAUUAAACUAUUACUCCAGUCCAGCCCAGUGCUGUCAAACUCAGCAUAAUUGAGCUUCAUGUUUUCAGAAGAAGUGGAACCACGCUUGAGCUAUGCAGAUGGUAAGACCCGGUUCUCAGUGGCUAGAUUCACCAGUUUCAGGAACAGCCUUACCAUUAUGCUGGUGUCUGGGGAAAGAGGUUUUUGCAUACCAUUGAAAAUGAUCACAUUGCCAGUUAUUUACGUAGUUUGUAUUACUUUAGCACCAUGAGGUGGAGUGCUGUUUGCAUUUUCUGCCUCAGAUUCCAAAGUCUCUUUGGCCAUCUCUAUUUGGGAAUCAGGUUUGCAGUUCACUCCCAUAUAAGCAAAUAGAUAGCUGCCAUUUACUUCUGUGGUAAAAUGUAGGGCACACGGGGACACUGUUGUGACAGAAGCACAAUCUCAUCCAGGGAGGAUCAAUGUGUGUCUGUAGAAUAAAUGCACCACAUUUGCACAUAAUGUGAAAGCAUGGUUUAUCGGAAGGAGGAAAGAGCCAGAGGAAGGUUUCAGGCUCAUGUGCUUCUCUCCUCUCACCCGUCUGCCACUCCUCCUGUCGCAUGGCUGGGAGAAGGACCUCAGUUUCACUCUCCACUAACUAGAGAUUGUGGCUUAAAACAAAGGCCUGAUUCUCAUGCAACACCGUGGCUUAGCGUGAUGUGGAUGGUGGAUUAGUGUUAUGUAUGAACCGGGCCAUAGAAAUGUGCUGCAUCUACAGAGGUCAUUGCCAUAGAGAAGUCCAUCAUAAUGGUAGUAACCAUAAUGGCAAAUACAAAUAACAGCUGCUUACUAGAAAAUGAAUAGCAGUUCAAUAGCAAGAUUAAAAGCCAUUAUGGGAUGUUUGUGCAGACUGUCAUAAGACAUAACAUUAGAUAUUUAGGACCUUUUGGGGUGUUUACAUUCAAGCAGCAGAAAUUAAGGCCUACUCAGAGGAGGAAUCAGGAUGCAGCAUGGCUGGCACCUUCUAUUUGCUUUAUGUUUAGAUACACAUAUCACAUGAAAAACAGCUGAUGCAGACAGAUACUUCCUAGCAAAUAUUUGGCAAAUGUUGCUCUGCAUUUCAUCCGGAAGAUGGCAUUCUUUGCAUCAAAGUGCCUAUACUUCCCACAGCUCUUAGGCUUUCCUUAAAGAUUUCCCACCUAAGCACAAAUCUGGCCUGACAACCCUAUAGUUAUGAGAUAUGGCAGAUUUAAUAAUAGCCCAAGGUCCCAAGUACGAAAAAAUAUCAUGUUACAAUUUAAGUAAAAUGGAUGAAGCUUUGAAAAUGUGUUUUCUUUCUGAAACUAGAUAAGCAUGCUUAGUGUUUUAAAAGCACUGAACGAUGUCUGAAAACUUGGCUAAUGUUUAAGUGGAAAAUAUAUGCAUUAGCAGCACCUUGACAUGUAGCCAAAGAGUUGCAUAGUUUGGUGACAUCUCUACCAGUGACCUUGAUGUCUGAUGCUGACCCCUCCACCCCAAUGCAAUAGCAACAUAUUUGCCUCUACUUUGCUCUAGACUGUAAUUAGUUCCAUAACCAUCUACCUAUUUUAGCCGGCAUAUAAGAGGUUUUAUGGGGUGCAUUUUGAAACAUAAUAUAUGAAGCAGGCGUGCAUGCAACAUCCUCCGCUGGUCUUUCUGGCAUAAUCAACAAAGGCCAAGCACUUCACUUUUAGCCUGUGAGCAAACUUGAGAUAUGUGUCUCAGAUGUGAACAUGGGAAGACCAAAGGCAAACUGUAAGGCCUGCCAGCUGGAUGUACUGGAAAGGUUACUGAAAGAUUACACAACAGAAGAGUGGCCUUUGAGAUAAAGAUAAUCUUUUAUGUAAACUUCGCUCUUGGACGAGUUGGUGAGUAAUAAGGUGCCCUAGAUUAUUGAUUCUACUGAUAGAUUUUAAGAGAUACUCAGCUGGUUUCACUAUUAUUUUUUCUUAUUACCUAAACUGGAAUAAAACCUGGAUUAAUACACAGUGUGUUUAACAUUGUCUUCUUACUGACUAAGAUGGAAUAAAACCUAAAUUAGUGCACGGUGUGUCUGACCUUACUGGCUAUUAUAUUUUUCAGGUUGACAUAA